UGAGGGUAUCAGGCCCUUGCAAGUUGCCACCCACUGCCCGGGCCUCGCCCAGCGAUGCAGAAAGCCACCUACUACGACAACACAGCAGCUGCGCUCUUCGGAGGCUACUCCUCGUACCCUGGCAGCAAUGGUUUCGGCUACGACGGGCCUCCCCAGCCCCCCUUCCAGGCCGCUACGCACCUGGAGGGUGACUACCAGCGCUCAGCGUGUUCCCUGCAGUCCCUGGGCAAUGCCGCCCCACAUGCCAAGAGCAAGGAGCUCAACGGCAGCUGCAUGAGGCCCGGCCUGGCCCCAGAGCCCCUGCCCGCCCCGCCGGGCUCACCCCCACCCAGCGCAGCACCUACCAGUACCACUAGCAACAGCAAUAACGGGGGAGGGCCCCCCAAAAGCGGCCCCCCCAAGUGCGGUCCCGGCUCCAACUCUACCCUCACCAAACAGAUAUUCCCUUGGAUGAAAGAGUCAAGGCAAACGUCCAAGCUGAAAAACAGCUCCCCCGGCACAGCAGAAGGUUGUGGUGGUGGCGGCGGCGGCGGUGGCAGCGGCGGCGGUAGCAGCGGCGGGGGCGGCAGUGGUGGCGGGGGAGGGGACAAGAGCCCCCCGGGGUCAGCGGCGUCCAAGCGGGCGCGGACGGCGUACACAAGCGCGCAGCUGGUUGAGCUGGAGAAAGAGUUCCACUUCAACCGCUACUUGUGCCGACCGCGCCGCGUGGAGAUGGCCAAUCUGCUGAACCUCAGCGAGCGCCAGAUCAAGAUCUGGUUCCAGAACCGCCGCAUGAAAUACAAGAAAGACCAGAAGGCCAAAGGGCUGGCCUCGUCGUCCGGGGGUCCCUCUCCGGCCGGCAGCCCCCCGCAACCCAUGCAGUCCACGGCCGGCUUCAUGAACGCCUUACAUUCUAUGACUCCCAGCUAUGACAGCCCGUCCCCACCAGCCUUCGGUAAAGGCCACCAGAAUGCCUACGCGCUGCCCUCCAACUACCAGCCCCCUCUCAAGGGUUGCGGCGCCCCACAGAAGUACCCCCCGACCCCGGCGCCCGAGUACGAGCCCCACAUCCUCCAAGCCAACGGGGGCGCCUACGGGACGCCCACCAUGCAGGGCAGUCCGGUGUACGUGGGCGGGGGUGGCUACGCGGAUCCGCUGCCGCCCCCUGCCGGCCCCUCCCUCUACGGCCUCAAUCACCUUUCCCACCACCCCUCCGGGAACCUGGACUACAACGGGACGCCCCCUAUGGCCCCCAGCCAGCAUCACGGACCCUGUGAUCCUCACCCCACCUACACAGACCUCUCCUCUCACCACGCGCCUCAGGGUAGAAUUCAAGAAGCACCCAAAUUGACACACCUGUGAUGUGAGGGGCAGGUGGGGGGAUCAAGGGCCAGGGAGGUUGUGGAGCUGGUUGUGGGGGCGGUUUGGAGGCCUGUGUGUGUUUGGGUUGUGGCAGAUUUCCAGAGACAAGGCAGGCCUGGGGCAUCUCCCCCCCCCACCUUCCCUUGGCCUGAGGCUGUCUUUAAGGCCUCCAAGCCCGGUUCCACCCGCCAGCCCACACCCUUGGAAAGGAAUCCACAGCAGGUUGGAGGCGACCACAUCUAUCCCAGGGCUCCAGCAACUACCAAGUUGGAAUUUCAGAUUGGAGAGGGAGUCGGGUAGAGGGAACCUGGAUAGGAAAGCAGGGCAGAGAAGCACAUUCAAAAUUUAUGACUUGGCAUUCAUCAACCAACCGACUUACCUUCCAUCUCUGUGAGCAAUUCCCCCAAAUCUUGACUUACUUUUUUU